AGGUCGUCUCCUGUAAAUAAUAUAGAUCUCAUAACUGUAGCGAUACACUGAAUUUUUUCAGGUAUUUUCCUCGGAGAAAUAAUUUCUAUAAAUGCUGAUAGUUCACUGAAGAGGAUGGCAGUCCUCUGCCAGCCUGCGGCUAUCGUUCAGCUCGUCAGGCUAACUUAAGCGUGAUACUGGCUGGUUUGGACGCUAGCAUUAGCUAGCCAUUUAGCUAAUCAGAGGUUAAUACGGGAGGAACUAAGCUUGUAUUCAGAGGCCUGGGUCCAAUUGAGAUGGAUAUUUGAAAUGACAGUCACUCGUGGCCUCUCCCUGAAUUGACGCUUAUCAAAGACCAGAGGUCAAGCCCGUCUUGAUGUUGGACCUCCUGCCUAGCAUGCAGCCAUGAGCUCUGUUCUGUGGAGCCAGGAGAAGCCCAGUGGGGGAUUCAGGGAGGACUGGCGCUUCUAUAUGGUCAUAAAGGAGUGUACAGUGGAGAAGCCUCCCCAGAAGACCCUCAGGAUCCCCCGUGGUAGUCUUGGUCAGGCCUGCCAGGAACGUAACAGUCUGGGACGAACAUUACCCCCCUGCAAGGGUAAGAAGAGUCUACGCAUCCUGGACCAGACCAACGUAGUGCUGAGCCUGGAUGAGCGGGACGUCCUGGAGCUGGAUGAGAAACUGGCUGAGCUGCUGUUCCCCAUCACCAACUGUGAGGAGCGAUACGCCCUGCUCUGCAACAAAUCACGACUAGAGCGCGUCAGUGAUAUUGACUGUGGUUCCAAGGUGCGCGUGCAGCUGCGCUCAGGGGAUGAACCUUUACCUGGUGUGGUCCGCUUCAAAGGCUCACUGCUCCCUGACAGAGCCCUGUCUGGAAUCUGGUUUGGAGUCGAGCUGCUGGAGGAAGGUCGAGGCCAGGGCUUCACUGAGGGCUCCUACCAGGGGCGCCAACUUUUUCGCUGUGAGGAAGAGUGCGGCGUGUUCGUGGCCCUGGACAAACUUGAACUCUGGGAGGAUGAAGAUGACGAAGCCUUAGGCGAGUUGGAGGUGGACCACGUUAAUUUGGUGGAAGAUGACCAGGACUACCCUCCUUUGGAAAUCAACUCCAGGGUCCUUGUACAGACCAGGGACGGACCAGAGAGAGGCACCAUCAUUUAUUGUGACCUGCUGCCGGGAAAUGAGAGCCUGGGCUACUAUGUGGGAGUCGACAUGGACAAUCCUAUCGGGGACUGGGAUGGUGUGUUCGAUGGGAAGUUGCUGUGUAAUUUUGCCAGUUUGGAGCACACCCGACUCGUCCCCAUCUGUGACAUAAUGCCAGAGCUUUCGAUGCAGGACCAAAGGCUGCAAAAGCACAGUUUUGCCCCCAGAGCUACCAGCAGUGACAAGUCGUCCUCUGGCCAAAGCAAACCAAAGAGCAAAGGACUAGAUCAUCAGUGCGGCAGUAGAAGCAAGUCUGACUUUUACUAUACUUUAAAUGGCAGCUCUGUUGACCCCCCAGCCCAGUCCAAAUCCAAAAGCACAUGGUACAUUGAUGAAGUUGGGGAGGACCCCGCAAAGUCCCUUACUGACACGCCCCCUGACUUCAACCAAUCCUCCCCACCCUCCAGAGCCCCGCCCCCUGCCUCGUUGUCCAGUGACAACAAGUUCCACUCUUUGCCGUUCAGCCUGAACCGAAAGCCCGGGCCCAUCGACAGCAUGAGUCAUGGGCCCCUCUCUCUCUCAGUCCAGUCGGUGAUGGGAGAGCAGCCUGAGCCCUCGUCACCUGCUGCUCCUCUCUCACCACAGCCUCCCACGCCUCCUCGUGGACAGCCUGGCCUUGAGGUGGGCUCACUGGUAGAGGUAAAGGAGAACCCCCCUCUGUGUGGAGUCAUUCGCUGGGUCGGUCUACCUCCUGGCCUGCUGGAGCCUUUGGCGGGGCUGGAGCUGGAGGAAGAGUGCCCUGGUUGCACUGACGGCACCUUUAAAGGUACUCGAUACUUCACCUGCCCACCCAAAAAAGCUCUGUUUGUGAAGCUCAAGUGCUGCCGGCCUGACUCCCGCUUUCCGUCCCUGCAUCACUCGUCCAACCCCAUUGAACGAUGCAACUCCAUCGCUUUUGGGGGUUACCUUAGUGAGGUAGUACAUGAAAACACUCCUCCCCGCACAGAAAAUGACGGUCUGGAUGUCAUGGUGGGAAAGAAGAAAGGCAUCCAGGGUCAUUACAACUCCUGCUACUUGGAUUCCACCCUCUUCUGUCUUUUCUCCUUCAGCUCUGUACUGGACACGGUUUUACUGAGACCCCGCUCAAAGACUGAUGUGGAGUAUUACAGAGAGACCCAAGAGCUGUUACGCACCGAGAUAGUCAACCCACUGCGCAUACAUGGGUAUGUUUGUGCCACCAAAGUGAUGAAGUUAAGGAGAAUACUGGAGAAAGUAGAAGCUGCCUCUGGAUUUACCUCUGAAGAAAAAGAUCCUGAGGAGUUCCUUAAUAUCCUUUUUCAUCACAUUCUAAGGGUGGACCCUUUGCUCAAGCUAAGGUCAGCAGGACAGAAGGUCCAGGACUGUUACUUUUACCAGAUUUUCAUGGACAAAAAGGACAAGGUGGGAGUUCCCACCAUCCAGCAGCUCCUGGAGUGGUCCUUCAUCAACAGUGACCUCAAGUUUGCAGAGGCUCCCUCCUGCCUUAUCAUCCAAAUGCCCCGCUUCGGCAAGGACUUCAAAAUGUUCAACAAGAUUUUCCCCUCACUAGAGUUAGACAUCACAGACCUUCUUGAAGACACACCCAGGGAGUGUCGGAUCUGUGGAGGCCUGGCUCUCUACGAGUGUCGAGACUGUUAUGAGGACGGGGACAUUACAGCUGGCAAGAUCAAACAGUUCUGUGAAAAGUGCAAUACACAGGUCCACCUCCACCCGAGGAGGAAAACUCAUCGGCACGGCAAACUGUCUGUCCCUAAGGAGCUGCAAGACGGGAUGGGGCGGCAGGGCAGUUAUCCCCGCCAGAGGAUGGAGCUGUUCGCUGUGCUGUGCAUUGAAACCAGUCACUAUGUGGCCUUUGUCAAGUACGGCAGUGCAGAUUCUGCCUGGCUCUUCUUCGACAGCAUGGCAGACCGUGAUGGAGGGCAGAAUGGUUUCAACAUCCCCCAGGUGUCUCCUUGUCCGGAGGUGGAGGCCUACCUGAAAAUGACCCCGGAGGAGCUGCACGCCCUGGAUCCUAAGAGCAUCCAGGGCCAGGCCCGACGCCUGCUGUGCGACGCCUACAUGUGCAUGUACCAGAGCCCAACCAUGAGCCUGUACAAGUAGAAUCCUCCUCUCCCCCAACCCCUCCAUCCCUGUCCCUCAGCCACACCACCUCCCCUUCUCCCACGGCAGGAGAUUCCCAGAAAGACCAAAAAUGAAAAAUAAACUGAAAGAAGAAAGGCUGCCAGCUAGCAGGGGUGCUGUCUGGAGUUAGCCCCCUACUCCACCUCUCCUCUAUGCCUGCUCUUCAGAGGGUGGAGAGAUGGAAGAGAAGGGAGGGAGAAGCCUAUUUGCACUGUGCAUUAGUUGAAGUGUUGUGUUCUUCAUGUAUAGUCCUAUGUAGCUUCCCUGUGUCUCACAGCUGAGCAUCUGUGUUGGCUGAUGAAGCAAAGGUAUAGGCCUUAUGACGGUUCACUCCCUGUUCAGGGAGGAAGGGGGUAGAAGAUGCGAGGGAGGGUAUAUUCGCUUCGCCACGCCAACAGACAUGUGCAACAGAAACAAAAUGAGCUAGUGGGAGGACCUCGGUCACCUCAUUUACCUUAAGAAAAGAGGAGUUGUGCUAUUCUUAAUCACUGUAAGAGUCGGGAGCUUUUCAUAAUGCCACAUUAAGGAAGCAACGGAGUGCACAAAAUCCUCAUCCAACAUGUGUGUACUGUUCUAAAAACUUGUGUAAAAACUCUUAGUAGCAUAGAUUUCUCCAGGUAGUUACAGCAACAGUAUAGAUGUCAACCUACUGUGCAUUUGCAUUAAGACCAGAGUAUUCUGCUCUUUGUGAACUGGUUUGCAUAUUUCCCAUCACGCUGUUUCAUUGUCUAUACAGUACAUGUUUUGCAGAAACAGAUGUAGCCAUUGUAAAAGUCUCACGUUCUGCUGCAUACUCGCUCGACCAAUGCUGCACUUUUUGCUCUAUCCCCGAGUGGACCGAUCAGGAAACAUUUAGGUUUUUGCUUCUUUUCUUUUUUUUCUUUCUCACAUUGGAAGCCAGAGGGAGUGCUAAUUUGUAGGUUGGGAGACAUCAGAGUUUUGUGUUACAGAAUACAAAUGUGCUUCUUUUCUGUAGCUGUAAAGAACGCUCUGCAUUGCUAAUGCAGGUUAGAUGCCAGAUAAAUGCAUGAAGGGAGACUUGUACAAUGGCUCCUGUUGUAGAGCUGUUUGGUGGAGCACUCUGUGCAUUCAAAGGGUCAACGAGGUGAAAUACUGGAAAAGUCUGGCUGUUUCCUUUAAUAAGGGACAGUAUGAUGUUUCACAUUAAGUGUUUUUUUUUUUUUUUCAAGACUCCUGCUAAUGACUAAAUUUAAAUUAUAUCUUAUGUUUACAAAGCCUUUUUCUCUGCCAGUCAAGGCAAGUAUUGACUCUCGCUGCCUUCCAUGAAGAUGUGACAUGCAAUGUUUCCAGCCACACAACACAUAACAACAAAUUGUGAUCAAAUAUUAUUAUUUAUUAUAUUCUAAUCAUAUUACAAACGCCUGUGUCGUCCUUUUUUUUUUAAGAAAAUGAAUCGGGGCUGAUUAUACUGACCUGGGUACUGCUUGUCCUCUUCCACUGUAUAAUGAAGUGAGUUAUUGUAGUUUACGCUCUCUCAUAGCAACUACUGAAUGUUAAUAGUGACAUGUUGAACAGUGUAGAGUUAAAGGACAGGAUGAGGACAAAAGGCUUGGAACCUUUGGUAACCACAUACAAAUAUAUAUGUAUAAAAACAUUAAGAAAAUAUUUAUCCUUGAUUGAUUAAACAGUACAUAAAGCCUAAAGAUCAUGUUAUGGAUCGAGACAAAGCAUUAGUUUUUUAUAUAUCACAUAUAAUUAGAUGAAAUCAACAAACUGCACAAGUUGGCAUCAGCAUUACACAUCGUUUUCCUGCAUCACAACUGACUCAUGGAUUCUGUUGUGAGUAUUAACAAACUUAUUAGGGUUUUAUAAAUGCAGUUCCAGCUGGCAGAUCCCAUUUUGCUCUGUGGUGGUUUCCUCUGUCAAAGGGAUCCUGACAGGAGACCUUCCUGUGUGAGUGAACUUUUUUUCUGCACUGCUGAAGCUUGUAACUGACUGGAGCCUUGUUCUCUGGGAGAGAAUUCUCAGAACGGAGGAUGGGACUUUUAUUUUCUGUUGCAUCUGUACAGUUGACAUAUGUAACAGGUGGAAACUUAAUGUCAGUGAUGUUCCUGUCAAUGUUAACAAAAUAAAGCCCAUUUUGAAGGCA